AAUGUAGACUUUUUGAUGUGGUGGCGGCCAUAUUGCUGAUUCGCUUUCGUAAACAAGAAAGUCAGUUUGUGUGAAAACGGCUUCCAAACCAAAUCAUGAGGUCGUUUUUGAUUACGGGGGCGAGUUUUGUCCUCUCAGGAAUGGUAAUAUGCAAUGCAUACUAUCAGAAGAAGCAAUUUUACCCGUCCGUUGUGUAUAUAACUAAAUCCAAUCCCAGUAUGGCUGUAUUAUAUUUACAAGCUUUUGUUUUUAUUAUAUUGUUGGGAAAACUCAUGAGGAAGAUAUUUUUUGGUCAACUCAGAGCAGCAGAAAUGGAGCAUUUAAUAGAGAAAUCCUGGUAUGCUGUUACUGAAACAUGUCUGGCAUUUACAGUAUUUCGCGAUGAUUUUAGUCCCAGAUUCGUGGCCAUGUUUACGUUGUUAUUAUUUUUAAAAUGUUUUCAUUGGCUAGCAGAGGACAGAGUGGACUACAUGGAGAGGAGUCCAGUCAUAUCAUUUUUAUUUCACACCCGAGUUUUGUCCCUAUUAGUAGGUCUUGGUGCUGUAGAUCUAUAUUUUAUAAACCAUGCUUACUACAGUACUUUAUUACGUGGUGCUUCAGUGCAACUUGUCUUUGGCUUUGAGUAUGCCAUUCUUCUAACAGUAGUAUUGAUGACAUUUUUCAAAUAUCUUCUGCAUUCUGUGGAUCUACAGAGUGAAAACCCAUGGGAAGGAAAAGCAGUUUAUCUUUUAUAUACAGAAUUAUUUAUGGGGUUAAUAAGAGUGAUAUUAUAUGUGGUGUUUAUGUUUAUUAUGAUCAAAGUUCACACCUUCCCUCUGUUUGCUGUUAGACCAAUGUAUUUAGCUAUGAGGGCUUUUAAGAAAGCAUUACAUGAUGUAAUAAUGUCAAGACGUGCCAUCAGAAAUAUGAAUACAUUAUAUCCUGAUGCGACGGCUGAAGAUUUAGCGAGUAGCGAUAAUGUUUGUAUUAUCUGUCGGGAAGAGAUGGACACCAAUUGCAAAAAACUUCCAUGUAAUCAUAUCUUCCAUACAUCAUGUCUCCGAACGUGGUUCCAACGUCAACAAACAUGUCCGACCUGUAGAAUGGAUGUUUUACGUCUUCCCCGACCACAACCACCUACUCCACCACCUGCUCAACCUGCUCAACCACCUAUGCCACCAAACAUGUUUCAAGGUUUUCAAUAUGGCUGGCUGCCAAAUCAACAACCACAAACAGAAGUUCAACCUGGACCGGGUUCAUCAACAGCUUCUUCUACAGCACCAACAACAUCUACUACAACCACACCUUUAUCAUCUCCUCCUUCACCACCAUUCUUACCUCCCAUGAUGCCACCUUCACCAUUCAUGCCAUUUAUGUAUCCACAGCCACCUAGCAGUAUGUCUGGUCUAUCUAUAGAUGAAUUACAUACUAUGGAAGGAGAAGAGAGAAGUAAUAUAGAGGCUAGAAUACAGUGGUUACGUGAUAUACAGUCAUUAUUAGAUGGUGCUAUGUUAUUAAUACAUCAAUAUAAUACAGUAGCUACACAGUGCAGUAUGCCUGGUGUGAGAAUACCUAAUCCUAGUAACACGUCCCAUAGUAAUAAUAAUACAUCACAACAAACUGAUACUAAAAAUACAGCUGAUGUAACAUUAAACAGCGGGUCAUUAGGAGGUGCUCGACCUAAAACAACAUCUUUAUCUAAUAAUACUAAAGAAUCUUCUAGUCCAGUUAAAACAGAAAAUUUAGGUGAUUUAUCAAAUUUAGGUGCAACAGGUUUUACUGCACCUAAGGAAGAAAAAAUUCCUGAGUGGCAUGAUCCCAGGAAAGAGGAAGAGGAAGAAGAUUUACAUGAAGUCAGAAAAAGACGUUUACAGAAAUUUUCUUCCACAGAGAAGACAAGAGCAGAUAAUAUAGAUCUAGACUGAUAAAUUACUAAAAGUUAUUAUGUGCGUAAAACGGCAACCAAAUAGUUUUUGUGAGAUUAUCAUACUGUUAUUAUGGACUAAGAUAUGUGAAGUAUAAACUUAUGCAAAGUUAUUACAUAAAUUAAUCAAUGAAAUAUAUGUGACCAAAGGUAAUAUUAUAUACAGUGAUAAGUGGUUGACUCUUGUUUGUUGAAUGAAUUAAUGUAUAUUAAAUAGUCAAUUUGGCACCUUAUACAUAUACCAUCUGAUCUGAAGGACAUUAAUUAAUUGUAUCAAGAAUAUAGACAUGAAAUAUAUAUUCAUUGAUACUGUAAAAAAAAAAAAGUUUUAUUUUGGAAGGUAACAUAAGGUUAUUAUAAAAUAUAAUAAUGUGUUUUCUAUAAACUUAUUUGCAUCUGGGCAGGCAUUCUGGGGUUAUGCCUUAUAAAAUUGAUUUCUUCUGCAAAUGCAGAUUUAACACUAGUCAUAAUAUCUGGAAUAAUUGUCUUUACACUGGUACUGCCAUCACAACUAAAUUCUAUUUGAUUGAUUUUGAUGAAUAAUACAUUUUAUUAGUGAUGGAUCUAUUUGCUAUUGGAAUAACUUACUGUAGUGAAACUCUAACCUUCAUAGAUUAAACCAAGGUUAAAGAUAUAGGAAACUUCUGUUUCAACAGAAUAAAACUAGAUUUAUCAAAUAUCAAACCAAUUCAACACUUUAUUUUCGCUUAUGGUGAUAUGAAGGUUGGGUGUUAUUCACCAUUUGUUUGGUAUCAUUAUUGACAAACUAUGUCAAAACUGGAGCAAAUUUUCUUUUUAUUUACCCUACAUGUGGGUGAUGGUACUAUGAGGUUUAAAUCUUAAAGUGAAAAAAAAAAAUUUAAAGCUUGAAAAUUUUAUUUGUUAACAAUUGUCCU